AGACGGGGUUAGGGAAACACCCUCCCGUUGCAAUAAGAACUAAGUGUUAGUUGCAUCGGGUUUACUUUGGAUUUUUUUCUCUGGUCGCGGCGCAACAAUGUCGUCCACUGUGAAGAAGUUAGAAGUUACCUAUAACCCGAUUAACGAGCGCAAUACCUUCACCAAUGGAGACGUCGUUACCGGUCAAGUUACGCUAGAAGUGGCUAAAGACUGCCAAAUAGACACGCUAUACAUUAAGUUUAAGGGGAAGGCGGAAGUUAUGUGGACCGAGAGACAUGGGAAGACUACCGUUGUUUACCACUCCAAAGAUAAAUAUUUCAGCAACAAACAAUACUUCGUGAAGGACAAAAACCUCAAGGAUGACCAACAAACACUGCUGCUGACCAGGAACUCGGAAACAUACUCCAGUGUUGUGGCCCCAGGAAUCCAUGUCUACCCUUUCUCCUUUCAGAUACCUUUUCAGGAAAUACCCUCCUCCUUUAAAGGAGCAGAUGGUAAAAUCGUGUACAUAUUGGAGACCAGGCUGGGCAGAUCAAUGAGGAUUGACAAGAAAGAGACAACUACCAUCAACUUUGUGUCCAAAGCAGACCUGAACUGUGUACCUGGGUUAAUGACCCCACUGCAUGACUCUAAGGAUAAGAAAAUGAAACUUUUUACCUCAGGAAGUGUAGCCAUGGAUGUGAAUCUUGAAAAGGCUGGUUUUUUCCAAGGAGAACAAAUAAAGGUUAUGACUUUAAUUAAGAACGAUUCAUCUCGUGAGAUCAAGCCCAAGUAUUGCAUAUACAGAAAGCACAGCUUUUUUGCACGAGGGAAGAGAAGAGUCCAUACUAAGGACCUCCUGAAGGAGGUGGGAGCCCCCAUCCCUCCAUCUGUUUCAGAAAAAGUCACCCAGCUCAUCACCAUUCCCCAUGAUGUGGAGCCCUCCAUCCUCAGCUGCAACAUCAUCAAAGCAGAGUACAGGCUCAGGGUCUAUCUUGAUGUCAAGUAUGCUUCAGAUCCAGAGAUCAAAUUUGAUAUAGUCAUCCUUCCACCCUCUUCAGUUCCUGCUGUGGCAGCACCACCUGCUGCCAUUGGCUUUGGAUUUGAACCAUUUGGGAACCUAAACCCUCCAGUCUGGGGCUUUGGACCUUCACAACCACCAGCAGGAGCUCAACCCUUCAAUACUCAUCCUCCUCCUUAUGGAGAGUAUAACAUGUACCCUCCUUUGAAUCAGUUUGAUGAUAAAUAUUAGCAAUGUGGCUGAGAAGAUGUGUAGAAGUGAAUAGAUAAAAUAAAGAGAUUAAAAGUCUUUGUGAAUUAGUCUUUUUGUCUUUUUUUUUAUCAUUGAUAACUUGUAAAUGUUAAUUCUUUAUGCUGU